AUGCCUACCUACAAGUUGACGUAUUUCGAUAUUCGCGGAAGAGGGGAGUUAAUUCGAAUGUUAUUCGCUACCGGUGGUAAAGAGUUCGAAGAAAAGAGGGUUCAGUUUGCAGACUGGCCAAACGUUAAACCAACUCUUCCCGGUUGCUCUAUGCCUGCUGAAAUCGAUGGCAAAAUGUACACACAAAGUUUGGCUAUUGCUAAAUACCUGGCUAAAGAAUUCAGUGAGUACUGUAAGGGCAGUUCCAGAGAUUACUACUGGAUGUUUACUGUUGGGAUGCAUUGCGAUUCCUUUUUCUUCUUGUAUGCUGAGUUUCUUACAAGUUGAAAAAUUCAAAUACAGUAGUCAUUUAUUUAAAAAAAAGAGUGGUACAAUUGGGGCCUCGCCCCUGACGACAUAAUCCAUGGGCGGAUUAUGGGGGGGGG